AUGUUUGCUCUGCGGAAAGUCAAGCCUUCUUCUCUCUUGAAAUCCAUCAACCCUAUACCCAAUGCCGCCUGCUUGAAGGCCUCCUCCUCCUAUUUGAUGGCUCGCCAAAGAAACUUCUCCAUGCUCACUGAAACUCAAGCCAACGACUCUUCCAUGCAAAUGUUCUCUGUUGGUACUGAAAAUGGCUUUCUUCCUCGUCAAGAUCCUCUUGUUGAACUUCCUGAGGAGUUUAGCAGAUUGGAAUCCCUCUUGCAACGUAUGCCAAUGCAACUCUUGGAUGGUACUCCUGGGCUUUUGGCGAGUGGCCAGUUUGGUGAUGCUGUGAGAGAUGAGCUCCCCUUGUAUGAGAUUGAUGGUAUCACUGAUCAAAGACUCUUGUCAGCUCUUUUCCGUGAUUAUACGUUUGCUGCUUCUGCCUACUUGCUCGAGCCCUGCGAUAUUCUCUAUCGUGCCAAGAGCGAUUACGGCUUAGGAAGAAAGGUAUUGCCCAUGAACAUUGCUGUUCCUUUGUACAAGGUAUCAAAGAAGAUCCAAAGCCAACCUUUCAUGGAAUAUGCUUUGAGUUAUGCAUUGUACAACUACAAAAAAAUCAACCCUUUGGGAGGACUUACCUACGACAACUUGGCUCUUAUCCGUUCUUUUGCUGGUAGCGAAUCAGAGAAAGGAUUUGUUUUGAAUCAUGUUACCAUGGUGUCUUACUCUCCCAGACUUGUUCGUUACUCAGUUGGUGCUCUUGAGGCUGUCGAGAACAACGACAGAGCUAAAUUCGAUAUGCAAAUGGCAGGUUUGAAUGAGACUUACGAGUCUGUAAACAAGGAAAUGGAGAUGAUGUGGUCACGUAGUAUGCCUGAGGAUUACAUCAAGUUUAGAACCUUCAUUAUGGGUACCAAAAACCAACCCAUGUUCCCUGAUGGUGUAAUCUACGAAGGUAUCAGUGAUAAGCCUAUCGUUCAUCGUGGUGAGUCUGGCGCUAAUGACUCCAUGGUGCCUUUGGGUGAUAACCUUCUUCAAAUCACUGAACUCAUGCCUGAGAACCCUUUGACGACUGUCCUGCGUGAUUUCAGAUCAUACCGUCCUACCAACCAUCGCGAAUUCUUGGAAUAUGUUCAAGAUAAGGCCAAGAAGGUCGGUGUCAAGGAAUUUGCUUUGCAAGACGCCAAUUCAGCUGCUGUAUACUUGUCCAAUAUUGAUCAAAUCCGUGCCUUCCGUCACAGACAUUGGAACUUCACCAAAGAGUACAUCAUCAAGCACACGGCUCAUCCUGUUGCCACUGGUGGCUCUCCCAUUGUAACUUGGUUGCCUAAUCAACUUGGUGCUGUCUUGGACUUGUUGAACGAUGUCAGUGCUCAAAUUGACAAAUCCAAGUUGACCGAAAGCAACUUGAUUCGCGUUGAGGAAAUCACUAGACGUGCUCAAGCUCAAAAGAGAUUCCUUGACAGAGAAGUUGCUAGCUUGAAGACCAAGUUUAAGGAUCAAGACCGUACUUAA